AUGAGUGAAUGGAUUCAUAAGACUAUGCUGAUUGGGGAGGCCCACAGCCUUGACCAUAUUGCCAAUUUACCAUCUCAUACAUUCACGUAUGACGAUACAAAGUAUCUUGGUGGUCUUAGGAUGGCCAUUAAAUUUGGAUUGUCUAUGGAGGCUCGUGAGUUUUUAGAAGAUAAAACUAGGUGGCAAGAAUGGUUUAAAUGGAUGAUGCUAGAAGAAAAUAAAGAUAUUCAGUAUGAAAGAUUGGCGUGGCUAAAGAUCACUGGUGUUCCCCUUAGAUACUGGGAUACUGAAAUUUUUUCCAAAGUUGCUAUUCGAUUUGGAAAAGUUAUAAUUCCAUUUGAGAACAUUCAUGACUUGAGAGAUUUAUCUAUGGGAAAGGUCGGAGUAAUCACGUCAAAGAUGAAGUGGAUUAAUGAAGAGGUUCAAAUUCGUGUUAACGAUGCACUAUAUCUAGUCGGAGUUGUUGAGUAUAUUGAUGACUGGUCGCCUUUCAAGCCUUGCCAAUUCGAUAAGGAGGAUGAUAAAGAUCUGGAGGAAGGCGAAUUCCGAUCUGGUGCGGCUCCGGUAACUCUGCCGGAGGAGAUGUGUAGACGUGAAGGAAUAGGAAAGCCUCCGUGGAAUUUUGGGUACGUAAACGACACACCUGUUGAGUUCACUGGGGUAUCUCUCCAAGAAACAGUCAACAUGGGUAAUCUAAGCGAGGCGAUUGGUAUCCCUCACGUGACGAUGGAAGACGUGGCUAAUGGAGGGAGGACAUGCAGAAUGGGUGUGGAUCCGGGUAAAGUAGUUGUUGAUUCGGAUCUAAACGUUAGUGGACAUAAUAAUGAUAUUGGGCCUAGUGGGAAUUCUAGUCCAGUCCCCAACUCCACUUCAUCUGCACAUAAUGCAUCCUUAGCCCAACGAGGUGACUUGUCCUCUCGUUCUGAGCGAGGCAGCAGCGAACGCAAAAUAAAAAGAAGGAAAAGAGCUAGAGGUUGUCGUUCCCCCCACAAAUGGCGAUUCUUCUUUGUGCUCGUACAAUCCGACCCAGAAGAAUAA